UGUUUUAUACAAUCAUUUGAUUGACUUAUAAAUUAUAACUUAAGUUAAUAUAUGAUAAUUGAGAUCAAAGUCUAAAGACUUUUAAAUCACUGCUAAACUUAUUAAUCGGAAAAUUUGUGGACAAUUUAGUGGACAAUAGAUAUGUUGCGGACACCAUUGAGACAAUAUUUGUUGACUUCAGGACUGGCCAGAUUAUCGACAAAUGGCCAUCAAUUGAAUGGCAAUCGAUUUGCCAGUACUCUAGUGAUUGUGGAUCACAAUAACAGUUCCCUAUCUAAGGUUACAUUGAAUACUAUAAGUGCGGCCAAUAAGAUCGGGUCCGACGUGUCGUGUUUGGUGGUCGGCACCAAAGUGUCCGAUGUUGUCCAGAGUUUGUCUAAAGUUAAGGGCAUCAGUAAGAUAUUGAUUGCCGAAAAUGAGGCCUUCAAAGGAUUUUUACCCGAAGUGUUAACACCGGUAGUGUUGGCCACACAAAAACAGUUCAAUUUUACGCAUAUUAUAAGCGGUUCCACAGCAGUCGGAAAAAAUUUGAUCCCAAGAGUUGCCGCACAACUCGAUGUUUCGCCCGUUUCAGAGAUAACGGCUGUUAAAAGUGAGGAUACAUUUGUACGACCGAUUUAUGCGGGAAAUGCAAUGCAGACCAUCAAAGUUAAAGACGCUAUUAAAGUGAUGACAGUUAGAGGGACAUCCUUUGAGGCUACCGAUGUUGAAGGCGGAAACGCACAAUCAGAUCAACUGCAAGCCGAAGUACCGAAAAAUGAUUUGUCUGAGUGGUUGAGUCAAGAAUUGACUAAAAGUGAAAGACCAGAACUGACGAGUGCUUCGCGAGUAAUAUCUGGCGGACGGGGAAUGAAAAGUGGAGACAACUUUAAGAUGUUAUACGAAUUGGCCGAUAAACUGAACGCAGCGGUCGGCGCCUCUCGAGCGGCCGUUGACGCAGGCUUUGUGCCAAACGAUCUACAAGUUGGACAAACCGGCAAAAUUGUGGCACCGGAACUCUAUAUAGCGGUCGGCAUUUCGGGAGCCAUCCAACACUUGGCCGGAAUGAAAGACUCCAAGACGAUUGUUGCCAUAAACAAGGAUCCGGACGCACCCAUCUUUCAAGUGGCAGAUCUCGGUCUUGUAGCUGAUCUGUUCCAAGCGGUGCCAGAAAUAAAUAAAAAAAUUGAUGGCUUUCUUAGCAAAUAAUAAAUUUUAGAUUUUUAUACACAAAACAAAUACUUUAUAUUUCUGAUAUUAAUGAUGAUUGAAAUUAU